AUGUCAUUAAGUGAUCAUCCCAAGGUCUAUGGCUCAGCAGCCGUCGCCUUGGCAUUUACAGCCGGCAUCGCCAUCACACUCGGCUUCAAAGACUUAUACCCGGACCUAGAAUACCGUUAUCAACACAAGCGUCGCCCUUCACAAGCCCGUCUCGGUGACGGCAGACGAAGCAGUUUGUUCUGGGGACAGCCACUAAAGCUAGAAGACCACGAGUCUCAACCACAAUCGCCAACGCCCCAAGAGCCAGGCAUUGGCAUCGAAGCAUGUAUCGGCAACACGCCACUCAUUGAAAUCGAGUCUCUGUCCAGAGCAACAGGCAGAAUCAUACUCGCCAAAGCAGAGUUCCUAAACGGAGCCGGAAAUAGCCCCAAGGACCGCGUAGCGUUGAACAUGAUUCGAGAGGCCGAGAAGGCAGGCCUGCUCGUGCCUCAUCGCGGAGACACCAUUUACGAAGGCACAGUCGGCAGCACGGGCAUCUCACUCGCCACACUCGCCCGCGCAAAGGGGUACAAGGCGCACAUUUGUAUGCCCGACGACCAAGCGUUUGAGAAGUCAGACCUGCUUCACCAUCUCGGCGCGACGGUUGAGCGCGUCGCCGUCGCCCCAAUCACCAGCCCAGACCACUUUGUAAAUCUGGCUCGUCGGAGGGCAGAAGCUCACACUGCUAACUCCACAGACGGAAGUAGGGGGUUCUUUGCGAAUCAGUUUGAGAGCGAGGCGAAUUGGCAUGCGCAUCUCAAAGCUACGGGACCGGAAGUCUGGAAACAGACGGAUGGUGAUCUCGACGCUUUUGUAGCUGGCGCGGGAACUGGAGGCACGAUAUCUGGUGUGGCGCGGUAUUUGAAACUCGAAGCCAAGGCGAGCACCGUCAAGAUUGUUCUUGCGGAUCCUCAAGGCAGUGGGCUGUUUAAUAAGGUUAAGCACGGUGUGAUGUACUCCAACACCGAGAGGGAGGGCACCCGUCGCAGACAGCAGGUUGAUUCGAUGGUGGAAGGGAUUGGGAUCAACCGCGUGACGGAAAACUUUGAAGCCGGGCGGGAUUUGAUUGACGAUGCGGUAAAAGUGACGGAUGAGCAGGCGUGUCGCAUGGCGAGGUGGUUGGUUGAGAAUGACGGCAUCUUUGUGGGUAGCAGUAGCAGUGUCAACUGUGUUGCGGCGGUGGUUACGGCCAUGGAACUACCGGAAGGAAGUAGAGUUGUUACGAUGCUAUGUGACUCAGGGACGAGACACUUGAGUAAGUUUUGGAAAAGAAUCAAGGAGAUGGGCCUGGAGGAUGAGGAGGCGACUGAUUUGUUUGAUGAGCUUGGUUUAUCCAAGUAG